CCAGGUCAUAUAAGCGGUCGUAUCGCAUCAUUGCACAUGACAGCAUACUGUUUCGAUGUACUCUAUGCUGCACUACGCAAUCAUCAAGCUCCUAAAAUACCUCCAACAAUUCCAAACGAAAAAUAUCCGCUGUUUGUCACCUGGAAGAAGGGAUAUGAUCGGCGUUUACGCGGUUGCAUUGGAACGUUCACUAACCUUGUGUUGCAUAAAGGCCUACAUGAAUAUGCUAUUAUAAGUGCCUUCAAAGAUUCACGUUUUGAUCCUAUCAAUUUGCAUGAAGUUGAUCAGUUACAUUGUACUGUGAGCAUUUUAAUUAAUUUCGAAAAAGCUCGAGAUUAUCGCGAUUGGGUUGUUGGCAUUCAUGGCAUCAGGAUUGAAUUUCAAGACAGUCAUCAUUAUCGUGAUGCUGUGUAUCUCCCAGAAGUUGCUAGUGAACAAGGUUGGGAUCAUGCAGAAACGAUAGAUAAUUUGAUGCGAAAGGGCGGUUAUCGUGGGCAUAUCUCGGAAGAAACACGGAUGAAAGUGAAUGUUGUCAGAUUUCAGUCUGACAAAGUUUUAAUGAGUUACCAGGAAUAUGUAGAUUAUAAAUCAAGUUACGGUGAACCAGUGCUGACCGAUCCCGGUGGACGCCGAGGUCUUUUCCAUUCUUGUAGGCCUUAAUACAAUUUCUUCGCAGCAACUCAGAACAAAGGCAAUUGUAGCAAAUAGCAGUUUUAGCCUGUAUUUAAAAAGAACUGUCUUCUUUCUGUCAGUGUCAUCGACUGGCAAGUUUUAUUCGGCAUUUCAUGCACUCUUGGUUUUGGAGUCGUGAUUAACAACUGUUAAUAGCUGCUUUGCUUUGGGGAAUGAUCAUAAAUGAC